AUGAUCGAGUUUAGAGGCGGGAUUCCAACAAACCUAUCACAAUGCACAAAUCUUUAUUAUCUAAUUUUGAUUGACAAUGAGCUCACCGGAGGCAUAGUCCUCGAGAUAGCUCCUCUUGUCAACCUCCAACAUGUAGGCUUGUCGAUAAACCUGCUUUCGGGGACUAUCCCACCAUUCCUAGGAAACCUCACAGAUCUAUCCCAACUUUCGUUAAGCGAAUGCGGCUUGCAAGGAGAGAUUCCCGAGUCCCUAGCUCAGCUUAGAAGAUUGCAGCUGCUAAAUGUGGGUGACAAUAAUUUAACUGGUACUAUUCCAUUAGGCCUUUAUAAUGUUUCAAGUAUGGAAUAUUUCAUAGUUUCUAACGAUCACCUCCAAGGAAACAUACAUUCCGACAUAGGCUCUACACUUCCUAGGUUGAAGUUCCUUUGUUUGCAUCACAAUCAUUUCAGUGGCACACUUCCACCUUCUCUGUCGAAUUGUUCCGUGAUUGAAAGCAUAGAAGUAUCUUCGAACAAUUUCACUGGAAAUAUGAUUGUAGAUUUUACGAGGCUCUCAGUUCUCCAAAGGCUUUUGGCUGCAUCUAACCCUUUCAAUGGAGAUAUAGUGGCUCAAAUACCUCCCGAAAUAUUUAAGCUUUCCUCCAUUUCCAUUGAACUUGACCUAUCCCACAACAUCUUGACGGGUAUCAUUCCAUCAGAAGUAGGGGCUUUGAGAAAUAUUGGAUUAUCCGGAACAAUUCACACUUCUUUGGGGAGUUGCGUGAUGCUCAGCUCGCUUUACCUAGGGGAAAAUUCUCUUCAGGGUGAGAUACCUGACAGUCUUAAUUCUCUGAGAGGUGAAGUCCCAACUCUCGGAGUUUUCCAAAAUGAAAGUGCAAUUUCACUUGAAGGAAACCAAGGCUUGUGUGGAGGUAUUGCAAUCCUAAACCUUCCAUCUUGUCCAACAUCACCAAAAUCCAACAAGAAAGGUACAGGUAAAAUCUUGAUCCCAACUAUUGUCGGGACCAUAUGCCUAGCACUUGCAUUCUGCUUACGUGUCAUCAUUAUGUACAAGCAACGUACAUUGCAAAAUGUUGGAACUCCAAUAUUCCAAGGGUCAGACUUUUUGAGGCUAUCUUACGCAGAUCUCGUUAGUGCCACGGAAGGAUUCUCGGAGACACACCUACUUGGUAUAGGGAGAUUUGGAUCAGUAUACAAAGGAACUAUCAAUGAUGAUGAUGAGCAGAUAGAAUUAGCAGUGAAGGUGCUAGAUCUUAGACACUUCGUUAGCACAGCCUUAACCGACCAUGUAACAGAAGUAGUGGAUCCAUUUAUGCAUCAACAACUUAAUGUGGAUGAAAAGUAUUGGGAUUGCAUUGUUUCAAUUCUGAGGAUUGGAAUGAGAUGCUCGAAGCUACUUCCAAGAGAUCGCAUGUCAAUGGCAGAAGUUGCUAAUGACUUGAAAAAGAUUAGAAAUAUGUUUCCAGUUUAUAAAAAUGCCACAAAUGUUGCUGUGAUCUUUACUGUAAAUGGGUUUCAAUAA